AUGCUUGCGAUCCCAUAUUCUCUGGCUGCCAAUCGAUUCGGUCGUCGCAACGUCUUGACGCUGGCCCUUUUCGGGCUUCUGUUAGAAGAAACUUGGAACUUUACUACAUGCUGGUUUUCUCCCGUGUUCAACAUACGCCUAGUCCUCGCCGCCGUCGGAUUCGAGGUCAUCGGCGGUGGGUUCGGUGUUGUCACGACGAUGGUUCACGUCAUUGCCGCAGAUAGCACAACAGGAGAGGCUAGGAUUGGUCUAUUUUUUGCCAUCCACGCCAUUGGCAUUGUGGCGGCUGUCCUUGGUCAGCUCACCAGCUCCCUGUUGAUGCAGAUUGACCUAUGGCUGCCCUGGGCGGCAGGCCUCUGUUGCAUUUUCCUUGCUGGCACUGCGUCUUUGUUCAUUCAUGAGAGCCGUCAAGCUGCAGCGCCACCUGCGAAUGCCCCCGACGGAGAACGAGAGCCGCUGUUGCUGCCCGAGACGGACACACGCGGGCCUACAUCGGAUUGUGAGACGAUGGCGGGCGGCAGAUCGCAAGAACCCCGCAGUAUCAGGGUCAAGGUGGUUGGCACAUGGAAACUUUUGCAAACAGCAGGGCGGCUGGUCAAGGGACAAUCACGGCUCCUCUUUCUCCUAGGUCUGGUCUUGAUGUGCCAGAUGAGCGAGGAUUCGUUUCCCAUCAUGCUCCUGCUAUACGCGUCCAAGAGAUUUGGCUGGAGUUUUGCAAAGGCGAAUCUGUUCUGGGCUCUGGGCGAGGGCGUCCAGCUAGUCGUUCUCUUGGCUCUGCUACCCUUGGUCGGCCGUCUCCUCAAGCGCCGGCUGGGUGGCUUCGCCAAAGAUGUCACGUUGGCCCAGGUCAGCGCUGCUCUUCUCGGCACCGGGACGCUACUCAUCGGCCUUGGUUGGAAUGUGCCCUUUUUCGUGGCUGGCAUCGUUCCCACAGCAUCGGCCGCUGGUAUGCAGUCCCUCCUACGAAGCAUCAUCACCGACAACAUCAAGGCAGAGCAAGUCAGUCUCGUGUAUUCGAUUGUGACUGUUCUGCAUGUCGUUGGCGGUGCUUUGGCUGGUCCGCUUUACUCGGUGGCCUUUGUUGCUGGUAUGCGACGCGGCGUUAGAUGGACUGGGCUGCCUUUUGGUAUUGCUGGGGUGUUGGGACUAAUAUCAUUUGGUCUAUUGCUAGGGCUUCGAAAAAGACAAUAG